AAAUAGCAGAAAAUAAACAUUCGGCAUCCUGCCUUCUGCCAGAUUGCAGGCUCCUGUAUCUGUGAACAUACCUGGCAGAGCAAGUGGGAUCUGUUCCUGUGCAGAAGCUGUUGGAAGUUAUUGGAAGUUAUAGCCUAGAUCUACUUGAAAGUACUGAUUUGAAUUUGACUGGGAUCGACAGAAAUGGUUCUAAUGAAGUGCGGCUGGCUUUGGAGAAAAAGUUCUGUCCUGCGUCGCUGGAAGAGGAGCUGGUUUGACCUUUGGGUGGACGGGAACCUGGUGUUUUACCAGGAUGAGACCCGGAGAGACUACGAGGACAGAGUCAGGCUGAAGUAUAAAUGCACCAAUGUCAAGGCAGGGUCCGAAUGCACAGGUGUGGAGCCCCCAGACGGGAUCUCAAGGCACUGCUUAGUGAUAAUCUAUAUGAAGAAUGGAUCUACACUAAUCCUCUGUGCAGACAGUGAGGACGAGGCUCUGGCGUGGAAGCUGACAAUGCUGGAAGCAAAGGCCAACCCGGUGCAUUUCUACAACCCCUAUGAUGAGAAUUAUCACACAGUUCCAGUGGAUGGCCACAAUGCGGUCUACAUCAGUCCAGGAUAUCCUGGUUAUGGCUAUGGAGCAGCUGCAGGCGUGCCCCACGUGGUUGUGCAGCAGCGGCCCUGCGGCAUGUUGGGAGAGGAGGUGGCGCUGGGGAUGCUGGCAGGGAUGGCCACUGGGGCGGCGCUACGCACUCUGAUGUGGAUACCCUUCUGGUGCUGAAGAGUUCACCUUCUAAGAAGAUCCUUCGUUAUCCCUCUUCACAGUUACCAUUGCAGAGAUCCUCAAAGCUGCAGUGCCCCACAGUUCUGUUCCAGUUGUAUAGUAAAAUAUCACCCCUGGAUGGCUGUUUAUAAUGUUCAACAGUAGAAAAGACCAUCUUGGACUGGCAGUUCAUUUCCAUUCCAUAAAGGCAUUCUGGACACUGGUGCUAGUGUUGAGGCACUUGUUUGUAAUGUUAAUGACUACUUCUCUGGUCAACCAUAAUUGUAUACUAGUUUGGAAUUUUCCAUUUCUUUACAACAGCAUCCACUACUUAGCAAAGAAACCUGACAGCUGGAGUCACUAGACUAGACAACCUUUUAGUUUUCAUACACUAGAACUUUUAUUUUUUUCAAUUUGGAAGUUCAUAUUUUUUUCUUUCUUGUUAGAGCCCACUGGUCAUCAGUAUAGCUUUUUUUUUUUAGCCAAAAAGGUACAAGUGUAUAAAUAUAUACAGGGAGCAUAUACAAUACUUUACAAAUUAUAACAACAUAUUUGUACAUGUAUUUUCUGUCCUAUAUUUAAAAUACACAGUCCCCCUCUCCUCAACAUGGGAGAACAGCCUAGUUUCUGUUACAGCUGAGCUUUUCAGAUGAGCAUGGCCAUGACCACACAGCUUUCUAGGAAAAUGUGGAGUCUGGUUCCACUGUGUUGAGAAAAUGCUGAGAGCCAGGCUUCCUCAGACAGCCAUGGGACGCACUCACAAAGCAAACUCAGGAGCUAGUGUAUUUAAAUAAAUACGUUCUUGUCAAUUUUUGGUUUUUGUAUAACAGGAUAGGGUUGGAGAAUAUAACUUUAUAGUAUUCAUAAAAAGCAGACUUUGCAAAAGAUUCUUUAAAUAAUUAAUUAGUUAAAGCUUUGUUAGCAGGGCCAAUAGUACCUGUAUUGGAGCUGUGUUUCUUGCAGUCCCUAUUUUCAACCACCAGGAGGAGACUGUUACAGCACAUACAUAUACAUGGAUUACUAAGCAUGAGGUACGUAAUGACGUUUAGAAAAAAAAUGAACCGAAUGUACGGCUUGAAAAGAACAAUGUACAGUAAUUGAAAGCGUUGUUUCUAAUGUUUAUAGACAUUGGCCUGACUUCCUCUCAGAUAUCAAAUACAGUAUCAAAAUCAAAACGGUGUACCAUACCUGUGGUAUUCUUGCGCAGUUGGCACAUUCAAUUCCUGGGAUAAUGCUGAGGGAUCUAUGAAGUACACAAAUGCUUUCAUGAGGGAUUCAGAAAAUAAUCAGGUAGCCCCUUAUUAUAAAAUGUUUUUUUAAGGUAAUUUUAGUUUUCCAAUAUCUUUCACAUGGCUGUAGUGUACAUUUCUAAAUAACAGGAAACACUUCUGAUGAUAUUAAGACUGGCAAAAGGCUUUUACUACUCUUGGUGAAAUACUUUUUAUUCCUAACAUUCUAGUGAUGUUUUUUUUUUUCCGCAUUACAAAAACUAAGGACAUACUGCAGUCUUCUCUAUUGAGGGCAUGUGCAAGAGAGCCACCUAGCGGUCGUGUUGAAAUUCACACUGGAUGCCUUCCACCAGUGGGAAAACUCAAAGUCAAUAAUUUACUGGAAACUGCAAGUCCUGGUGUUCACAGCAUCUCAUCAUGGUCAGACAGUACAAAGGAAAGCAACCAGCAGUGUAGCGCAUUACAGCGGCACCUCCAGUUUCAUGGUGUAAUGUAUUCAAAUUGUUUUCCUAUCCUUCCAGUUUAUCUGUAUGUGCACUCUGCUUUGUAUGUUUCUUUGUUACUUCAAAUCUUUCACGUCUGCGCUACAACUUCUCUAAUGGCACAGGCGAUACUGUGAGAAGUAUAAUCCACGCCAGUAACAGCCAGUUAUGAAAUACUGCCACUGCUCACGGACAGAAAACUGGCAGACCAAAGAGGCUGAGCGGUGAAACAAAGGGCUUUGUGAUGUAUAAACUGAUCAAUUCAAACACGAACACGGUGUGUGAAGAACUUAAAAAGAAAGUAGUGGUUUAUUGAUGAGCUGGCUACAAAUGAUCUGAGGAUAAUCUGGUGUGUGUGUGUGUGUGAUUAAGAGAAGCAGAGUCAUUAACCAGUGAAGAUGCUGCAAGGCUUCGGUCCAGCACAGCUAAUAAAGUGACUUCUAUAUGAGUAAUACUGAUGUAUGGAGCGCCUCCUAUAGGGGGUUGGGGGAAUUGCAAUUCUAUUACUAUAUGUGUAAUAUAACUUUCAAGAUGAGUCAGCGGAGUAUAUAUUACAGAGCCAUGUUCUCGAUUAACAUCAGGACUGAAGAAACAUUGAAAUGUUGUUUGUCCUUAAAAUGUAUAUAAAGGGAAAUGGUUACCUGUUUUCUAAAAGCUAAAGUUUAGAUUCAGGAAAAAUAAACAUUUAGGCAGAAUGACAGUUGCUUCAGCUGCCAGUGUCUGGGGCCAGUAGCACUUCUAAAUAAUGAUACCGACCUACUGAAAUGUACCUAUGUUUAUUGCAGAGCAAAUAAAGCUGACAGCUGGAGGCACUGUGAGCAACAAGAUUCUCUGCUUCCCCUGUGCGUUCCAGUGGGUGUGGUUACUUCCACUCCAUUCCAGGGAUAGAAUGGAAAUCCUAAUUGUCUGCAGGGAAACCACUGAAUCAGUAUGUCUGAGACUGAAAAAGCAAACCAAGAGUCGCACCUUCUGAAGUUAUUGCCUUAAGAAGCAUGCUUAUAGACACAUAGGAAAUGCUUUCAAGCACACUAAUUAAUAUUGCAAACAUUUAUAGAAAUGAACGGUAUGCUGGAGGCCAUUUAGUUUUGCCUGAGCGGUCGACUGGUCAUUAAAGUAUCUUAAGACUUGAUUGCAGCAGGAGCAAUUCUAAUCCAUCUUGUGCUUGUAUUUAAUAUUACUCAGCUGUGUCUGCUUGUAAGAUGGAGCUGCUUGAAACACUGUAUAUUAAUUCAGACAGCCUACCAAAACCAGAGGACUCGGCAUUACACUGAAUUAACUGCUACCUAUCAGAUUCAAACUGAUUACUGUUGACCAGGAUUCUGACUUAAUGUUGUUUAUAUAGAGCACAGUUUAAUGAUCUGCUAAAUCAUGCUCUGUGGUAGUAAUACACUUUUCUGGUUCCACCUGCAGUAUUAUUUCAUAGCAGGUGGCACAAACGCAUUUCAAGGGUCACAGCCUCGCAUCACUUUUUGGAAUGAGGAAAUCAAAUACAGUGACUGGGCAGUUAGCUUGCUACAGCAGCAGGGAUUUAUCUGAGAGCUGGUCAGACAGCAACAGAUGAAAUACGAGUAAAACAAUCUGAAUAAAGCAAAUACAAAAAGAAGGGAACUGAGGUAGAAAAAAAACUCUUGAAAUUGAAUGAUAAAAAUGAAAAAAUCAACUGGGGAAAAAAAAAAAGAUCAUUUAAUAAAUGGUUAAUAAGAAUGUA